GCUUAUGGGAAAGUAUGCUGAUUGCAUCCCAACUGGAACCAGCAUAUGCCAGGACAGUUUAUCCAUGCUUUGAUGAACCAGCCAUGAAAGCCACAUUUAAUAUAAGAAUUAUCCACGACCCAAGCUACGUGGCUCUGUCCAACAUGCCAGCUAUUGAUGUUUCUGAAAUGAAAGAUGAAAAUGGAAGCCUGUGGACUGUUACCACAUUUGAUACUUCACUGAAAAUGUCAACUUACAUAACUGCUUUUGUGAUCUGUGAUUUCGACUAUGUCACCAGAACUGAGCGGGGAAAUGAGAUACGUAUUUGGGCUCGGAAAGAGGCAGUUAAAAAUGGAUAUGUUGACUACGCUUUAAAUAUCACAGGCCCGAUAUUUUCAUUCCUGGAAGACUUACUUAACAUCAGCUACCCUUUGCCAAAGACAGAUCUGGUUGCACUACCUCAUUUUGGAGCUGAUGCUAUGGAAAACUGGGGGCUAAUGAUUUUCCAAGAAUCUUCAUUGAUGUACCUCCCACGUGAUAAAUUCACAGGCAGAAAGACUUUGAUUGCCAUAACUACAUCACAUGAGAUAGGACACCAGUGGUUUGGAAAUCUGGUUACUAUGAACUGGUGGAAUGACCUGUGGCUUAAUGAAGGACUAGCUUCUUUCUUUGAAUACCUGGGAGCUACCUUUGUUGAACCUAAGCUUUCACUGGAUAAAAUCUUUUAUGAUCAUGUUCUACUGCCCAUCUUAAGGGAGGACAAUGAAAUAGAAGUUAGAUCGCUGUCGGAGAGUGAAGACAAGAUCAAAGAAUCAUUUUCAUUAAUGUCUCUGUUUAACAGCAUCACGUAUAACAAGGGGGCUUCCAUUACCUGGAUGCUUUCUAGAUUUCUGACUGAGAAACUAUUUAUCAGAGCACUCAAUUCUUACCUGAAAACACUUUCCUUUUCAAAUGCUAACCAAGAUGAUCUGUGGACCCACAUACAAAUGGUUGUAGAUGCACAGGAUGAAGUUCAGUUGCCAGCAUCUGUAAAAAAAAUAAUGGAUUCCUGGACAUGCCAAAAUGGGUUUCCAGUUUUAACAUUAAAUCUCUCCACUGGCACCAUCAGUCAGGAACAAUUUCUUAAUAGAAAGAAUGAAAACAGUACUGAUUCUUACAAUAACACAUGGAUUGUUCCUAUCUCUUGGAUGAGAAAUGGAUCAUCGCAACCCUUAAUGUGGCUCGAUAAAAGCAGCAAAACGUUUCCUGAAAUGCGAGUAUCAGAAUCAGAAUAUGACUGGAUCCUGCUAAACGUAAAUUUAUCUGGAUACUAUAGAGUUAAUUAUGAUCAAUUAAACUUAAAAAGAUUAGCACGCUUGCUUGAAAACGAUCCAAAGGCUAUUCCCGCUGUUAGCAGGCUCCAGCUGAUAGAUGAUGCUUUUGCAUUGAUGCAUUUUGGAUAUAUUCAGAUUGAAUCAGCGCUUGAACUAACGAAGUAUCUUGCCAGAGAAGAUGAAAUCUUUAUAUGGAAUGUGGUAUUAUUAAAUCUAGUACCAGAGAAUUUGGAAAGUACUCUGAAAAAUUAUGAAGUAUAUCCACUUUUAAAGAAAUACCUUUUAAAGAGAAUGUUGCCAAUAUACCAUUAUUAUGCAGGUUUAAUUCAGCAAAAUGUUGAUACUUUGGAAGAUGACUAUUUUGCUCAAGUAUAUUUGGAAAAACUUUUUGCAACAGCAUGCUGGCUGGGUCUCCAGGACUGUUUGGAUCUGUCAUCUGAACUGUAUGCAAAGUGGAUGGACAACCCUGAGUACAAUAUUCCCUUUUUAAUUAGAAAACCGGUCUGUUGCUAUGGUGUUGCCAUGGGAAGUGAUAAAGAAUGGAAUUUUGCAUGGGAAAUGUAUAACCAAACCAAUUCCACAAAGGAAGAUAAAGACAUCCUGCUCUCUGCCUUGAGCUGUGCCAGAGAAUCAUGGUUACUUUACAGAUAUUUGCAAUAUGGACUCAGUGAUACAUUAUUUUCUUCCAAUUGUACUUCAAACAUGAUCUUAUAUGUGGUGACUAAGGAUAUUGGUCAGCGUAUAGCCUGGGAAUUUGUUACAGAAAAUUGGCCGCUUCUAAGUGAAAGGUAUGGGAAGGAAUUAUUACAUGAGGUAUUAAAAAUAAUGGGAAGAUUUGUCAAUACAGAUGUACAGAUCCAAGAGUUACAGGUUUUUUAUAAUACUGCACUGGAAGAGGAUGAGAGGGUGGCUACCACUGAACUACUGGAGUUUGCAAAAUUGGAAAAUAUAGAAAACAGAGAACUUCUAUCUGAAGUUGCUGUCUGGUUACAGAAAAAUAUAGAUGAUUGACUUAAGAACAAUUUCCAGUAUAUUUUUGUGCAGUUCACUGGCAUUUUGGUAUACGUUUCAAGAUUUACUUACAGAUAAAGCACACUUUUACGAGUUCUGUGGUUGUCAUCCUAAUUGGAAAGUCUAGCUAAACCAAAUCACAAUGAAAAGAUUCAGCAAGAAAAACAAGGAGAUAUGUUUUCAUAUUAUAUCUGACUUAAUUUCCUACUGGAUGAGUUGUUAGUAGGGAUAUGUUGCUAACAGUGACCUAAAAUACACAUACAGUCCUAAAACCUUUGAUUUUUUUUGACUAUCAGUACAAAAGGUGUGACAAAACCACAAGAGGAAGCUGGAAAGGUUUUGUGUUCUGUUUUUCUUAUGAUUGGUAUUGAGACCUUGGGCAAGUCAUUAAUGCCAGUCUCAACUUCUGUGUUUGUAAAAUGGGAAGGGGUUAAUGGGAGCAGUGCCACGUGACAAACUCGUGAAUUCUGAGUUGUGGAGAGGAAGGGACUAAAGAAACUUUAAAGUUUAAUGGUAACAAAUGAAUGCCUUGUCAUUUAAAUGCUUUAUCUUUCUUUAGCGAAUCUUUAUGGGUUUGUACUAAAUGUGUCUACAUUUACAUUUUUGUUUGAUCGGGAAUGUUCUUUUGAAGAGACCCUCCCAGUUGUCUCCAUUUAACACGCUUUAGGUCCUGUCCCAGAGCAGCCUUGGGGUGUGUGAACUGGGUUCUUCCUGGAAGAAGUUAACCCAGGAGAUGAUGAGCUCUUGGGGCACACCUAAAACAGUCCACCAUCCAAUAGGUACUCUGACAGUGCGACUAGAGUGCAGUUAAUCUGAACUAACGCUUCUGAAACAUGUUAGAUCUUCAUCACCAUGUGUUCCAUUCUUACUAUGCUGAUCCGCUUGCUAACGUAUGUUUUGGAGGUGAUAGAAUUCAGGCCAUUAGUAUUAGCAAAAUAUAUUAGCUUGUGAUUGAAGAAAUACAGGCUUCUCAGUCUGUGCAAUUUAUUCUUGUGUGUGAUAAAAGUUUCACAACAAAGGUAUUGUACUGGUGCUCUAGUUAACAUUGAAAACAAUGUUAUUUGGGAGCCCAGGAAGGCAAAGAAGUUAAAUGCCACACUAUGAGGAGAAAAGGAAUAAAAAACAGGCUAAUACACAGCAUUUCAAAAUCAGACUUCUUUUUACUGAACACAGAUUUUAAUGAACAUUGUCAAUAUGUAAAUAAUUACUAAAAUAAUUUUAAGUAAGGAAAUACUUUCAGAGGACUGCUCCUGACUAGUACAUGCCUCUUGAUUGACUUUCUGUGUUUUAGAGUGUAGUUGAGCAGUUUUCAUGACAGAAGCAAGUGGUGAAGAUGAUUUGUACACAAGCGGCCUGGAUAGGAGCAGAUCUGAAUCUCUUCCAUUUUGCACACUUUUAUACUUGUUGGCUUAUAGCAGCGAUAGCUAUGCGAAAGCAGUUCUUGCUGCUGCUGAGUAC